CAUGCUCCCCAUUCCUCUUUCCUCCGCACUAGACUUUUUGGGUAUUCAUCCUGUCCUGUGCACCCCGGGGGCUCUGUGUUCUUCCCAUGGCAUACCCUGUCUGCAGUACUCUUGUGCCACAUUACCUCCUCUGUAAACCAGACAUCUGUCAUGGCUUGCUUCUUGUUGCUAAAGGCUGUGAAGCACACAGAAGUCCUUGCACCAGUCCAUGGGAAAAGCGUCAUGGAGGUCUGCAUAUUCUUCCUUUAUGCUAUGAUACUUCUCCCAGGUAUUGCUGCCAGUGUGCAUCAAGUGAAGUCAUUUCUCAAUCACACUGCAUACCUAUCCUGCUAUUUUCCAAACUCUCAGGAAAUUGAAAUAAAGGAUUUAAGAGUUUUUUGGCAAAAAGACUCUGUGGAAGUGGUGCAUGAAGUAUACCAUGGCCAAGAAAAACAUGAUAACCUUAGUCCUAAAUACAUAAAUCGCACCAAGAUGGAUAUAGACAAAUGGACCUUGCAAUUGUUAAAUGCAGGAAUUGUGGACGAGGGACAUUAUACAUGUAUUAUACAGCAGAAAGAUAAAGGAUCAUCAAAGGUCAUACACACAUCUGAGUGCUUACUGCACAUCAUUGCCAACUAUAGUCAACCUGAGAUAGCAAGGCUGCACACUGGGGAACUAAAGCCCAACGAAUACUUGAAUCUUUCCUGUUCUUCCAGCGGAGGUUAUCCAGAGCCCAAGCAGAUGAUUUGGCUAAUUUCACAGGAAAACACAACAACGAGGCUUAUGUCUCAAAUGAAUGUUUCACAGGAUGCUGUAACAAAGCUGUACAAUGUUACUAGCAAGCUGAAUAUCCCAGUUACUACGAACACUCUCACUAAUAUUAGCUGCUUGCUUCACCUUGGAGAGCAUCUGGGGAGCCUUGUCUCAGUGCCGCUAGCCAUAGAGAUACAGAGGGAAGAAAUGGAGCAAGCGAAGAUAAAUUUCUUUGGCCCACUUAUAGCUGUGAUUGUACUGAUCACAUUUCUUCUGGGUUUGGUGAUAUUGAAGAAGAACAGAAAUAUCUCAUCUACCAACCAGAGUGUCAGUCUAGCAGUCUAGAAGCUUUCCAGCUUGAAACUGAGGCCAUCAGCCAGACUGCUGACUGGGAACCACCUCUGCACAUAGCAAGGCCUGAGGUCCCAUACUCUUAGAUGCUCUGCCAGCACAAGAAUCCUCCCCAGAUAUCCUGCAGAACAACAUGCAACAUUUUUGUCUGAUGGCUGAAAUCCACUGUCCAGUGUUCUCUGCUUUUAUUUUUGCUCCAGAAUGGUAGUAAAUGUGAUACUUUGCCUGUCUACAUGGCUGUCUUUUUGCUGUACCUUGCAGUACACACUGUGACAUUGUAAAAUCCUGAGUCAAUGAAGAAAGCAGAGCUACAAGGGUUAUAGAAGGGAAUGUCUCAGAAAUUGAAAGAGUUAGUCCACAAUCUGUGAAUCAUAACCAUCCCUGGAAACGUGACCAGAGACAGGCUAUUAAUCGUGAGCCACAAAUGCUUUCAGCAGAGCCAGUGUGGCUUUGUACCUGUAACUUUCUUGUAAAGGUCCACAGCAGAAAGAGGAACUUCAGGGCACUUGCCCACCUUCUGAGAAAAGCUGUGCAAUCCCUAUCAGGUAUCUGAAACUAGAAAUCACCUGGAGGAAAGACUUGCUUUAAACAUAAUUUCUGGUUGACUUAACGUGGUUUUUUUUACUACCAUCUGAGCUUAAUAUGACUAGACAAUUAUUACCUCCCAUUUUGUUCCUCUGUAUUCUGACUGGAUGCUAUACUAGUUGUUCAGGUGGAUGCAGGGACAGAAAAUGAAAGCAUGAUGUAUCACUUGUGUGUAUAAAUCGAAAUAUACAGAAUUAAGCUAAGCAGAUAAUGAAAAAAUAUUGUAUAAGUAGGUCACAUUCCAGUUUGGUUGACUGCCUUCUCCCUUUCUUAAUUUUGCUUCAAACCUUGAAAAUAGAGCAAUCCGUAUGCUAUGGUAUGCUCAGCUGUAGAAUUAGUUUUACCUUUCAGAAAAUUUUCUCCAUUUCACUCAAAAUGUGCCAGUUCUUCAAUAUUGAACACUCUCUGCACUUUAUAUUCUUCAACAGCAUUGACAUCUUUCAGGAGGAAGAAUGCAGCAGAAUUAAGACAAAGUUCUUCUGAGGUCUUGAUUGUGUUUGUAGGUCUGACAUUUUUAGCAAGAGCAGGGACAUUAGCAUCACAAACUCAAGACAAAUUUCAGCUCAGAGUUGCAGUCUGGGGACAUAAAUUCUCUAUGAUUUCUGCUGGGUACAAAUAUUCUUUUCUGUUAAAUGAUGUUGUGAGUCACUAGAUUCCACCUCCAUUUUUUCUCCAUUUUCAAGUACAUGAGAGAAUGUGUGUGUCCUUUUGAGUUAGCUAAACCAUUUCGGAGUCAGUUUAUUAAGCUAUUACACUAACAUUCCAAAUAUUUUCAGUCAGAUUAAUAUCAUUCAAAUGUUAUUAAAAGUUAAAGGUUUUAUUUUUAAUGUAAAAGUUUAUAUUUGCUAGCAAACUUAUUUAAUGACUUAUUAAAAUACAUGUCUUUUUCUGUG